CACUGUCAUUAGUGACUAUUAUCUGCUGAAUAUCUGCUGGUGUGAAUGAAUGGGAAGUAACAGAAACUACUAGUAUCAGUCUCUUCAGGUGUGUUCAGUCUGUAUGACCAUAUCAGGAACACGGAAACCGCACACCUGUGAGCUGACGUCAUACGUUGAAAGUACCUGCAGUAACUCGUCCGACAGAACUCGACUCACUCAGUGACUGAAACUACAUUCAGGCGAAAAGACAAAGAAGCCACGUCGAUAAUUCACGAAGGAUUAUAUUUCAUAUUUCAUAGUUUUUUUUACUUUCAUUCCGAAGAAUACUGAAAGAAGAUUUACAUACAGAUGGGGACCGUUUGGUUCGCGGGUUUGGCCAUUUUAAUCGUCGUUUUUCAGGCCUCAGUUUUAGUGACUGCUGAGGAGCCAACAUGUGUACCAGGAUUUCAGUCAGAUGUGUUGAUUUUCAAAGUGGCCCGAAAGCACCUGAGACCGCCCAUGACACUCGGCAAAGUGGGCUUCACGGACUGCACAGGCCGCACAGAAUUUUCUUUCAGCAGUGAUGACCACCGGUUCACAGUACAGACAGAUGGCACAUUGAUGGUAAAGAGAUCUGUUUUUCUUCAUGAAGGACACCAGGACUUCUUCAUCAACUCCUGGGAUUCACAAGGUCGCAAAAUGACUCUUCCUGUCAGGGUACUGCACCACGGGCAUAACCAUGAGAACAACCAAAAUGUUAAGCAUCACCAUGGAGACCACAAACACCAUAACCAUCAGCACCACUUUACUGAAGUAGACUCAGAGUCUGCAGCUGAUCCACAGGUGCCCGUUCUGCACUUCCCCAAGCAUGGUGACGGGCUAAAAAGGAGAAAGAGAGACUGGGUUAUUCCUGACCUCAAUGUUCCUGAGAAUGACAGAGGACCCUACCCCCUCAGAGUAUCUCAGAUCCGUUCUAAUGAAGAUAAAGUAAAGAAGCUCUAUUACAGCAUCACUGGUCCAGGAGCUGAUCAGGAUCCCAUUGGCCUCUUCACCAUGGACAGAGCUUCUGGUACUCUGUAUAUCACACAACCACUGGACAGAGAAAAACAAGCCAAGUACACAUUUCAAGCACAUGCUGUGGCAGAUGGUUCAGUUGCUGAGGAGCCUAUGGAUAUUACAGUCAUUGUAAUUGACCAGAACGACAACAAGCCUACUUUUGCCCAGGACACCUUCCUGGGAGAAGUUCCCGAGGCCUCACCAAAAGAUUUUGAGGUGAUUAAAGUUGUGGCCACAGAUCGGGAUGAGCCAAAUAAUGCCAACUCUGAUAUUCGCUACCGCAUUAUGAGGCAGGAGCCAGAGUUGCCCACUGACUCCCUGUUUGUCAUCAACCCAGUCAGUGGAGCCAUCAGAGUCAAUGCCGGUGGGCUCGACAGAGAGAAAUACCCGAAGUACACUCUGGUGGUGCAAGCAGCAGAUAUGGUGGGAGAAGGGUUGAGUGGAGAAGCAAAAGUAAUCCUUACAGUCACAGAUAGCAACGACAAUGCUCCGGCCUUCACUCAGUCCUCUUAUGAAGCAGAAGUUACAGAAAACGCAGUGGAUGUUCAAGUCAUUAAGAUGUCAGUAACGGAUCAUGACGAACCACAUUCUCCAGCCUGGAAUGCCAAGUUUAACAUUGUUGGUGGUGAUCCUGGAGGACUCUUCACAGUGAAAACAGGAAGUAACAAACAUGAAGGAAUAAUUUCUACGGUCAAGGGUCUUGACUUUGAGAAGAGCAGCAAGCACACUCUGUUGGUUACAGUGGAGAAUGAGGUCCCUUUUGCUGUUAAGCUGCCCACUGCCACUGCCACCGUGGUGGUGAAUGUGCUGGAUGUCAAUGAAGCUCCAAUUUUUGAUCCAAUAGAAAAGCUUGUGUCAAAACAGGAGGACCUUAUCAUUGACAGUGAUGUAGUGCAGUACACCGCUUCAGACCCAGACACUGCACGCAAACAGAAAGUCAUGUAUAGAAUAAUUAGAGACCCUGCAGGCUGGCUGAAUGUGGACAAAGAGACAGGCUUGAUUAAGGUGAAAAGCGUCAUGGACAGGGAGUCCACCUUCCUCAAGGACAACAAAUACACAGCACUUAUUGGAGCAUAUGACAAUGAUGAAGUCCCAGCCACAGGAACUGGUACUUUAAUUAUCCUUCUUACAGAUGUCAACGACAAUGCACCCACCAUUGACGAACGUGAACUCAAAGUGUGUAACAAGAAUUCGGCUUCUCAGCUGCUGUCAGUAACAGAUAAAGAUGGACCGCCAUAUGGUGCUCCAUACAGCGUUUCCUUACAAGGCUUGUCGAAGAACAACUGGACCGCUCGGAUGAAUGACUCCAAAACAGGCAUCCUUCUGAAUUUAGCCACUGAGCUGGCCAGUGGGGAGUACACUGUGGUCCUGAGGGUUUCAGACGCUCAGGGCCUAGCGCAGGACAGCACUGUCCAGGCUACAGUCUGCGACUGCAGUGGGGAAGAAGUCAUCUGCAAAGGGCGUGUGGCAGGUGGCCCUGAACUGUCUGUAAUCCUGGGGAUACUGGGAGGCAUCCUAUUGCUCCUCAUGUUGGUGUUGCUGCUGCUGUUGUUUGCAAGACGGAGACGAGGAGAGAAGAAGGAGCCUCUACUGCAGGACGAUGAUAUCAGAGACAAUAUCUAUUACUAUGAUGAAGAGGGAGGCGGAGAGGAUGAUCAGGACUAUGAUCUGAGUGUUCUUCACCGUGGUCUGGACAACCGACCUGAGGUGUUCAGGAAUGAUGUUGUGCCGAACUUCAUGCCAGCUCCACAGUACCGACCUCGUCCCGCCAACCCAGAGGAAAUCGGCAACUUCAUUGAUGAUAACCUGAAGGCAGCUGACAACGACCCGACGGCGCCCCCCUACGACUCCCUGUUGGUGUUUGACUAUGAAGGAGGUGGCUCUGACGCAGGAAGCAUCUCCUCCCUGAACUCAUCGAGCAGCGGAGACCAGGACUACGACUGCCUCAGCGAAUGGGGACCCCGUUUCAAAAAACUGGCUGACAUGUACGGAGGAGGAGAAGAUGAAAUGCUGUAAAUGUACUAAAGAACAAACAAUAUGGUGGCUGCAAAUAUGGCUUUGUGAAUGUUAAACUAAUGUGUAAACAUGACUGAUGAGCAUACAAGCCAGACAUCAGUUUCAGUCCUGUUAUCAGUUAACAGUCACUGCUCAGAACAGGGAUGAGUUUGCUAUUUUUUUUUUUUUUUAUACAAGUUCCCCAAGACUGCCUGUCUUUUAGAUCCCUGUUUGACUUCUAGGCUAAACACUAUUGAUGCUCUUUGUUCAGUUUUUGUUGUGGAGUCGCACCACCGCACCAUUUAAUGUUGAUUUAUGGAUUUUGUGCAGAUAUUUUAGCCUGUGUUCUAGCUUAUUGGAUGUCACUGGACAUGCACAAAGAUGCUUGCAGUUGCACUGUAACAUUUGUGUAAUUUUUGCAAUGUAUGGUACUUUUAAUUUUUUCAGUUUUUUGUGGAAUUUGAUUUCUGCUUCAAAUUACUUUGUUUUGUAUUUCUGUUUGAGGAAUGAAAUAAUAAAUGAUCAAGGUGAAAUCCAGGUAGCCAGCCAACAUUGCCCUUUGAGGUUGUGGUCAAUGAGUUUUCAAUAAAUGCUUUUUAAAAGG